AUGACUCGUCGGUUCACGUCCGACUCCGAGUCUCCGAGCAAGCGAUUCCAGGCGUUCGAGUUCAACGCCGACGACGAGGUUGUGGAGAAGCAGUCCGCCAAGAUGAUCGCCAAAUUCCGAAACCUCAUGAAGCCCAGGAACAGGAAGAGCACGAAGAACAAGUACCUCGAUUCCCCUAUUAUCAAGUACAAGUUCCUGCACUGCUUUACCAAGAAUCUUGAAAAGGAGUUCAGAAAUGAAUCGAUUGAUGUUGAUGCUGGAGUUGCACAUGGAACAAAGACUCCACAAAAGGAAAUUACCACUUUGUUAUUAGAUGAUGAUGCUACUGAUGUGGGCACAGUAGCAGAGGAUGGUGGUGGUGCUGCAAGAGAGGAGAUGCCCAGGUUGGAUGUCUCUGUGGUUUCUAGUUCUCCAAACCAUGAAAAAAAGCAAGUAUGUGCAAUUUCAGAUGAUGAUGAGAGGAUUGAAAUGCGUUCUUCAUCAACUCUGAUCUCAAGUCCUUCAACAUCUGAAGCUCCAUUAGAAGAACAAGAAUCAUACCCUGGUUCUGGUGGAUAUGAAAUUGUUGAAACAGCUACAGGUGACCUUCAACUUGAAUCAAGGGAUUCUAGAGCAGCUGCAAAUGCAAAUAAAACUUCAGGACAGGAAGCAAUCAGUUCAUUGGAUGCGAGAUAUGGGGAUGUGUGGAUCCUUGAUUUUGAUUUCAGUAAGCCUUUUGAAGAUGUUAUCUAUCCACAAGGGGAUCCUGAUGCAGUUUGUAUAAGUAAGAGAGAUCUUCAGCUUCUACAGCCAGCAACAUUUAUUAAUGACACUAUAGUUGACUUUUAUAUUCAAUACUUAAAAAGUAAAAUUCAACCAGAGGAAAAGCAUAGGUUCCACUUCUUCAAUAGUUUUUUCUUUCGGAAACUUGCUGAUCUAGACAAAGAUCAACCAGGUGCUUGUGAAGGAAAGGAAGCAUUUCAACGCGUUCUUAAAUGGACUAGGAAAGUGAAUGUUUUUGAGAAGGAUUACAUUUUCAUUCCUGUAAACUACAGGCUGCACUGGAGUUUGAUUGUCAUCUGUCAUUCGGGUGAAGUAGCUAAUGUUGAAGAUGAGGAAAUUGAAAGUUCACCCAAGGUUCCGUGCAUCUUGCACAUGGAUUCAAUUAGAGGGAGUCAUAGAGGCCUCAAGAAUCUUGUUCAAAGAUACCUAUGUGAAGAGUGGAAAGAGAAGCAUGGUGGGACAGCAGAAAAUGUUUCUUUGAAAUUUCUACAUUUGCGAUUUGUCGCACUGGAGCUGCCACAGCAGGAAAAUUCAUUUGACUGUGGUCUCUUUUUGCUUCAUUAUGUGGAACGUUUUCUGGAGGAAGCUCCUGUUGAGUUUAGCCCCUUUAAGAAGUUCAACUUUCUAAACAAAAAUUGGUUUCCUCCUGCGGACGCUUCUGUCAAACGGUUUCAGAUUAAGAAGUUAAUAUGUAAAAUCCUUGAGGAUCAUUCUCAGGAAGCUCUUGUAGAUGAUUGUAUUGAUAAAUAUCCUUCCUCUCAAGGGCCCGACAAAACACACAAGGAAGAAACUGGCAUAAAGUUUCCUGAAGAGAUGCCCAGGCUAACAAAAACAUUUGAUGUAAAUUCCUCUAGUUCCAAUGCAUGUGGGAUUAAAACGUCGUUGGAACCUUCUCCUCCUAUACAGAUUGCUGCUCGUAAUCUGAGCUUGAUGUCACCAAUAAAGGAAGUUGAAGAUACUGGGGAUCAGAUUGCCGAUUCAUCAGUCGACAUGGAAGAUCGUGAACAAGGCUUUGGAUCUGAUUCUGAAUGCUAUUUCUUUGAAGGAUUGAGAAUCUCGGAAACACCUUCGAAGCAUGGAUUCUCUAAGCAUAUUGGAGAUUCUGUUGAUGGGAACCCAAUAUCUCAGACAUCUAGUGAAGAUUGCUCGAUUAUGGAAAAUGAGGCGUUUGACUAUCCAAGGAAAACAGAUACAUCUGAAUCUUCUUCAAGUGAUGAUUUCACAGCUUGUGUUGUACUGGAUUCUGAAGAGGAAAACGACAAUGAGAUUCAAUAUUUAUCUUCCACUCUAGAAGACCAACCUUCAUUCCAUCAAGUAACUGACUCAACUAAAAUCAUAAAUCCUAAAGAGAUUAUGCCUUUGAGGAGGAAGGAUCCAGUGUCAGAUUCCUCCGGCCAACAGGCCUCAAAGCGGCUACGGCUCACUCGUCAUGUAGAUAGAUGA